AAACCCUAAUUUUUUGAAUUUUCUCCUUCACUGAGGGUUUUCCUUCGCCGGUUCCAUCUAACCCAAAAAAAACCUUGGAAAAAGCUUCAGGAGGUUCCAAAAAUGGCCCCAAAGAGAGGAGGAAAGGUAGUUGUGCCGGCCAAGAAGAAACAAGAGAAGGUUGUGAAUCCAUUGUUUGAGAAGCGUCCAAAGCAAUUCGGUAUUGGAGGAGCUUUACCUCCAAAGAAGGAUCUGCACCGUUUUGUGAAGUGGCCUAAGGUUGUUCGCAUUCAAAGGAAAAAGAGGAUCCUUAAGCAGAGGUUGAAAGUCCCACCAGCACUGAACCAGUUUACAAAGACUCUUGAUAAAAACCUUGCAACAAGUCUGUUCAAGUUGCUCCUCAAGUAUAGGCCGGAGGACAAGGCGGCCAAGCAGGAACGUCUCCUGAAGAAAGCCCAAGCUGAGGCUGAAGGAAAAGCUCCCGAAUCAAAGAAGCCAAUUGUUGUAAAAUAUGGACUCAACCACGUUACCUACCUCAUUGAGCAGAACAAAGCACAAUUGGUAGUUAUUGCUCAUGAUGUGGAUCCCAUAGAGUUGGUAGUAUGGCUCCCUGCAUUGUGCAGAAAGAUGGAGGUUCCAUACUGCAUUGUGAAGGGGAAAUCACGUUUGGGAUCGAUUGUCCACAAGAAAACUGCUUCCGUCUUAUGCUUGACUACUGUCAAGAAUGAGGAUAAGUUGGACUUCAGCAAAAUCCUUGAGGCUAUCAAGGCAAACUUCAAUGACAAAUACGAUGAGUACCGGAAGAAGUGGGGAGGUGGUAUCAUGGGGUCCAAGUCACAGGCCAGAACCAAGGCAAAGGAGAAGCUUCUUGCAAAAGAAGCUGCACAGAGGAUGACUUAGAAAUACCAUAGUUUCUCCCAAAGGCGGCUUGGGUUGUACUUUUAUUUUCUAUUUUUCUUGAUUGAUUAAAUGGCCCUGAGUAGUCAGCUGCAACUUGUGUUUAAGUGGAUUUGCUUUCCCCUUUAUUGAUUUUGAUGGAAUUGUCAUUAGAAGUUCAUCUUUCAA